GCUAGUAGGAAGCUCCAGCGCUACACCGGCGGCGGCGGCGGCAGCGGCGGCGGCGGCGGAACGGUCGGGUUCCCCAGCAGCGACCUCGGGCCCUUCCCCGCCCCCGGCCGACCCCGGGCCCCGGCUCCGCCCCGCUCCGAGCCUCGCGCUCCACUUCCCCGCAGGCGGACGGGCGCCACCGGCCCGAGCGUCCCUCCACGCGCCGUCCGUCUCUCGGCGGCCCAGGCCGUGCGCCGGGGGAGCGCAGCCCGAGCUGCGGGCGGCGGAGGGCGGCCCGGGGCGGAGAAGGAGGGGGGUGGGAGGGGAGGACCUGCCCCGGGGCGGUGGUGCGGGAUGCCGCCGCCGCCACCGUCGGGCCGCGGUGGUUCUCGGCGAGCGGCGCGCGUGUCGGGUGGGUGUCCGGCCGCGGGCCUCGCCCCCCAGCCGCCUCGCCAGCGCUAGCCGGGCCGCGCGGCGCCCCGAGGGGGGCCGGGCUGUGCGCGGGCUGCGGCCCUGCUCCGCGCCGCCAGCCGCCGCCCCUCCGCCCGCCCCGAGGCGCCCCGCGGGCACCAUGCAGGCGCAGCAGCUGCCCUACGAGUUCUUCAGCGAGGAGAACGCGCCCAAGUGGCGGGGGUUGCUGGUGCCCGCGCUGAAAAAGGUUCAGGGGCAAGUUCAUCCUACUCUCGAAUCUAAUGAUGAUGCUCUUCAGUAUGUUGAAGAAUUAAUUUUGCAAUUAUUAAAUAUGUUAUGCCAAGCCCAGCCCCGGAGUGCUUCAGAUGUGGAGGAACGUGUUCAAAAAAGUUUCCCUCAUCCAAUUGAUAAGUGGGCAAUAGCCGAUGCCCAAUCAGCUAUUGAAAAGAGGAAGAGGAGAAACCCUUUAUCUCUGCCAGCAGAAAGAAUUCAUCAUUUGUUAAGGGAGGUUCUGGGUUAUAAAAUUGACCACCAGGUUUCUGUUUACAUAGUAGCAGUAUUGGAAUAUAUCUCUGCAGAUAUUUUAAAGCUUGUGGGGAAUUAUGUAAGAAAUAUCCGGCAUUAUGAAAUCACCAAACAAGACAUAAAAGUGGCCAUGUGUGCUGAUAAGGUAUUGAUGGAUAUGUUUCAUCAAGAUGUAGAAGACAUAAAUAUCUUAUCUUUAACUGAUGAAGAGCCUUCCACCUCAGGAGAACAAACUUACUAUGAUUUGGUAAAAGCAUUUAUGGCAGAAAUUCGACAAUAUAUAAGAGAAUUAAACCUAAUUAUAAAAGUUUUUCGAGAACCCUUUGUCUCUAAUUCCAAAUUGUUUUCAUCUUAUGAUGUAGAAAACAUAUUUAGUCGUAUAGUAGAUAUACAUGAACUUAGUGUGAAGUUACUGGGCCACAUAGAAGACACAGUAGAAAUGACAGAUGAAGGCAGUCCCCACCCACUAGUAGGAAGCUGCUUUGAAGACUUAGCAGAGGAGCUAGCAUUUGACCCAUAUGAAUCAUAUGCUCGGGAUAUUUUACGGCCUGGGUUCCAUGACCGCUUCCUGAGUCAGCUGUCAAAGCCUGGGGCAGCGCUUUAUUUGCAGUCAAUAGGCGAAGGCUUCAAAGAAGCUGUUCAGUAUGUUUUGCCGCGGCUGCUGCUCGCUCCCGUGUACCACUGUCUACAUUACUUUGAACUUCUGAAGCAGUUGGAAGAAAAAAGUGAAGAUCAGGACGAUAAGGAGUGUGUGAAACAAGCUAUCACAGCUCUGCUUAACGUCCAGAGUGGCUUGGAAAAAAUAUGCUCCAAAAGUCUGGCGAAGCGAAGACUGAGUGAGUCUGCGUGUCGAUUUUAUAGCCAGCAAAUGAAGGGAAAACAACUAGCAAUCAAGAAAAUGAACGAGAUUCAGAAGAACAUCGAUGGUUGGGAGGGGAAAGACAUUGGACAGUGUUGCAAUGAGUUCAUAAUGGAAGGAACUCUUACACGCGUAGGAGCCAAACAUGAGAGACACAUAUUUCUCUUCGAUGGCUUAAUGAUUUGCUGUAGGUCCAACCAUGGGCAGCCAAGACUUCCUGGUGCUAGCAAUGCAGAAUAUCGUCUUAAAGAAAAGUUUUUUAUGCGAAAGGUACAAAUUAAUGAUAAAGAUGACACCAGUGAAUACAAACAUGCUUUUGAAAUAAUUCUGAAAGAUGGAAAUAGUGUUAUAUUUUCUGCCAAGUCGGCUGAAGAGAAAAACAACUGGAUGGCAGCCCUGAUAUCUUUGCAGUACCGGAGUACACUGGAGCGAAUGCUUGAUGUGACCAUACUGCAGGAAGAGAAGGAGGAGCAGAUGAGGCUGCCUAGUGCUGAUGUGUACAGGUUUGCAGAACCAGACUCGGAGGAGAAUAUUCUGUUUGAAGAGAACGUGCUGCCCAAGGCUGGUAUUCCAAUUAUCAAAGCAGGGACUGUGAUUAAGCUGAUCGAGAGGCUUACAUACCAUAUGUAUGCAGAUCCCAAUUUUGUUCGGACAUUUCUUACAACAUACAGAUCCUUUUGCAAACCUCAAGAACUGCUGAGUCUCAUAAUAGAACGAUUUGAGAUUCCAGAGCCGGAGCCAACAGAAGCUGACCGAAUAGCUAUAGAGAAUGGGGCCCAGCCUCUGAGUGCAGAGCUGAAGAGGUUCAGGAAGGAAUACAUCCAGCCUGUACAGCUGCGAGUGUUAAAUGUGUGUCGGCACUGGGUGGAGCACCACUUUUAUGACUUUGAAAGAGAUGCAGACCUUUUACAAAGACUGGAGGAAUUUAUUGGAACCGUAAGAGGUAAAGCAAUGAAAAAAUGGGUGGAAUCCAUCACUAAGAUAAUCCAAAGGAAAAAAAUUGCAAGAGACAAUGGCCCAGGUCAUAACAUUACAUUUCAGAGUUCACCUCCCACAGUUGAGUGGCACAUAAGCAGACCUGGGCAUAUAGAGACUUUUGACUUGCUCACCUUACACCCAAUAGAAAUUGCUCGACAACUCACUUUACUUGAAUCAGAUCUAUACAGAGCUGUGCAGCCAUCAGAAUUAGUUGGAAGUGUGUGGACAAAAGAAGAUAAGGAAAUUAAUUCUCCCAACCUUCUGAAGAUGAUACGGCACACUACCAACCUCACUCUAUGGUUUGAAAAAUGUAUUGUAGAAACAGAAAAUUUAGAAGAAAGAGUAGCUGUAGUGAGUCGAAUAAUUGAGAUUCUACAAGUCUUUCAAGAGCUAAACAAUUUCAAUGGUGUCCUUGAAGUUGUCAGCGCCAUGAACUCGUCACCUGUCUACAGGCUAGACCACACAUUUGAGCAAAUACCAAGUAGACAAAAGAAAAUUUUAGAGGAAGCUCAUGAGUUGAGUGAAGAUCAUUAUAAGAAAUAUUUGGCAAAACUCAGGUCUAUUAAUCCACCAUGUGUGCCUUUCUUUGGAAUUUAUCUCACUAAUAUCUUGAAAACAGAAGAAGGCAACCCUGAGGUUCUGAAAAGACACGGGAAAGAGCUCAUCAACUUCAGCAAACGGAGGAAAGUGGCAGAGAUAACAGGAGAGAUCCAGCAGUACCAAAACCAGCCUUAUUGUUUACGGGUCGAGGCAGAUAUCAAAAGGUUCUUUGAAAACUUGAAUCCAAUGGGAAACAGCAUGGAGAAAGAAUUCACAGACUAUCUUUUCAACAAAUCCCUUGAAAUAGAACCACGGAACCCUAAGCCUCUCCCAAGAUUUCCAAAAAAAUACAGCUAUCCCCUCAAAUCCCCCGGUGUUCGUCCCUCAAACCCAAGACCAGGAACCAUGAGGCACCCCACACCUCUGCAGCAGGAGCCAAGAAAAAUUAGCUACAGUAGGAUCCCCGAAAGUGAGACUGAAAGUACUGUGUCUGCACCCAAUUCUCCAAGAACGCCGCUGACACCCCCUCCUGCGUCCUGCGCGUCUAGUACCACAGAUGUGUGCAGUGUGUUUGAUUCGGAACACUCAGUAAGCCCUUUCCACUCAAGAUCCUCUUCAGUCUCAUCUAUCAGUUUAGUCAAGGGCACUGAUGAAGUCCCUGUCCCCCCUCCUGUGCCCCCUCGAAGACGGCCAGAGUCUGCCCCAGCAGAAUCCUCCCCGUCUAAGAUUAUGUCUAAGCACUUGGACAGCCCCCCAGCUAUUCCUCCGAGGCAACCCACAUCAAAAGCCUAUUCACCAAGAUAUUCACUGUCAGAUCGGACCUCUGUGUCAGACCCUCCGGAAAGUCCUCCCUUGUUACCACCACGAGAACCUGUGAGGACACCUGACGUUUUCUCAAGCUCACCAUUACAUCUCCAGCCCCCCCCUUUGGGCAAAAAGAGUGAUCAUGGCAAUGCCUUCUUCCCAAAUAGCCCUUCCCCCUUUACACCACCACCUCCUCAAACCCCUUCUCCUCAUGGCACGAGACGGCAUCUGCCAUCACCACCGCUGACACAGGAAGUGGACCUCCACUCCAUUGCUGGGCCUCCUAUUCCUCCACGACAAAGCACUUCUCAGCUGAUCCCCAAACUUCCUCCAAAAACUUACAAGAGGGAGCACACACACCCAUCCAUGCACAGAGACGGACCACCACUGCUGGAGAAUGCCCAUUCUUCCUGAGUUCCUCUGUACCGGAACGUACAGUUUCCUAGCCCCAAAUCCAUUGCUGGCAAUGGAUGCACUGAACAUGCCAGCACUGAGGAGUUCAGAUGAGAACUCCAAACACUAAUGACUCGACUUCAAGAUGUAGUAUAAGACAAUGAAUUUUAACCUAUACGUAAUUACAAAGUAAGACGGUAGUCCAGCUUAGAAUGUGGAGACUGAUCUAGAGGAACUGGACAACUGAUUGCACCUGGAAAUCACGUGAAGGGACUCUUCUGGCCAAUAGGCAAGAGUCCUCACUUUGUGAAGUAAUCUUUAUCAUUAAAGGGAUGGAAAACAGUCUAAUGUCUGAUAGGCCCAUAUGUUGACAGUUUUUGUAAUUCAAAAUAUGCACUUUUAAAAAAAUCUUCAACAGGGAUCUUCUCCUUCUUUGUUUUCCUUUGCUUUACUCUUCUACUUUAGAAUAUUUUCGUAAAAAUCAUUCAGAGGACUGUGAGAAAAGGCUGUGGUACCUGACCUUGUUGAAAUCAAGGCCAGCACUGUGCUACAGUCCUGUUUACAGAUUAUUACAGUGAAUUGAAUGGGUACCGAGGCUUCACCAAAGAGGUACUUUUUGUUAUUGUUAUUAUUUUAAGAAUAAUUAUACCAGUUUUAAGAACAUUCCCUACCUACCCCCACUCACAAACAAAAUGUGGUGUUGCCUUCCAACAAGAAAUGUCAUGUCAUUACCAUGACGGAAGAAGAACUUCUUAAAAAUGUAACUGUCAAGCAUACUAUUCACACUUAGGAGACUGUCCCUCUAUGCUAGACUGGCACCCCCCUCUCCCCUUGUCCCACAGGAGUUUACUGGUAACAUAUGUCCUGGCUCGUGGCUGUCCCUCUACCAUACUACAGAAAUACAGGCACCCAAUGUGAAAAGGAGCAUUCUCUGGGCCUCACUGACGCCAUCCAUGUUUUACUAAUAGUUGAGUAGUCGGCGUACUUAGAUUACCUUGCAUUGCCUAAAUCAUGUGUGUCUAGUGAAUGUUAUAUAAUAUACCUGACAGGUCUGCUUUAUUUAAUUAAAUAAAGAUAAACUACUUUGUUUGGCUGGCAUAUAUUAAAUUAUUAUAUGGAGAAAAUGAUUGAUUCUUAUUUCUUUGGGUUGAAAAAUAUACAAACACUAAGCAUAAAAGCACAUGUUGUACACCUGGGUGUCUAGUUCUUACAGAAUAAUCUGAAGUUGGAGUUUGGUAUAUAGGGAAAUACUAGCUUAAAAUGGGAUGGGCAUCUUUUAAGCAGAACCUUGCAGAUUUUUUUAAUUUCUUGAGCAACCAUAUUUGUUGAUGUUUAUCAUUCUACUUGGCUUAAGGUCUUUGGUUCCAUCAGAGCUACUCCUUAGAGAAUGUCUACCUGCGUCAUUAGUGUCACGUGUUUUAUUCCCGAAGCCUUGCACUGCUCUUCUGAGUCUAACAAAUACUGUGACUGAAAUGCAUGCAACUUGAAUAGAAAAGCUGUAUUGUCUAUCUCCACUGUGUCUGUGCACUGUGUAGUAUUCCAUUCUUAGACAGUCACCAAUUCAUCAGUAUGUGCAUGUGUCCUCAAUAAUGAAGCAGCGUUUCAAUAACUGUGUUAACUAUGCUGCAUCAUGGUGGAAACUUAGUACAAUAAUUUCUUGUGAUAUUUAUUAGAGCAUUAAGUGGACAUCUCAAUAGUACAGUGUGUAGUUUUCUAAGAAGAAAGGACGCUAAUUGCAUCAUCAUUAAGCAGUCUUCCUUAUUGUGUCUUGUUUAUUUGUUAGAGUUGAAUCUUUUUCACUUAGUGUGUGUAUCAUUCCUAUAUGGUAGCCAUUUCUCUUUGUAAAAUGUCUUCUCUCUUAAAAGCGUCCUCAAAACUUCAUUUCAAAUCCCUUCUUAGAUGCAAAGGGUCCACAAGACCAUUCAUUGAACAAAUGACCAUUCAUUCAACAAAAGUAGUAGCUAGGCCUACUUAACUAAUGCUGCUCCAUACGAUUGUAAUGACAUCCCCAAAUCUCCAUGACUUAUUAGACCUGCCUAACUGUCCCUAGAAUUUCCCAUGGCUUACUGAUUACCCCAUCCCUACUUCAAAUGAGAACCUAAGAAAAGCAACAUUAGAACCCAUUCAGUAUCUCUCUGGCAAUUGUCGCCUUCAACAGGGUGAUGACCCCUUUCACUCUGCUUGAGCCAACAAAGGAGGGAACGCUCAGAUUGGGACUUAAUUCUAUUCUCCCAGUAGGAACUAUUUUCUACCGACAGUUCUAGUGGACCACUUCACCAUGCAGCCAUUUUGAAUGCAUCAUGAUAUUUUUAUUCUCAAAUAUGACAUUUGGGCAAAAAUAGGUGCUGGAACGGUGAUUUUAAAGUUCUCAUUGGAUGCCCUAAGGUGAAGGUGAGAGAGCUGUAUCCUUGGUUAUAACUAAAAUGUCCAUUUUGGGGAACAAGAAGCGGCAGAAGGCAAAUGCCCCAUCACAGAAUUGCAUCUGAAUCCAGGACAUUGUGAGGCAGCCAGGGCGGCAAACUUGCUUAACUCCAUCCACAAGUGUGGGACAUUUCCUCCAGAAAACAGUGUCAGCAAAUGUUUGCUUACCCUUGUCUCACAAAGUAAAGGGAGUUUCUCUUGAUGGGCUCAUCACCAAUAACAGAUGUUUUUCACAGCUAAGCACUUUAAAAACAGAACAGACAAGUGCAUGUUCUAAAUUUAUUAAAAGACAGUCUGUCUAUUCUUUCUACACUUUCAAAUGUAUUACUAAUGACAAUCAAAGUCUGCCUAAUUAAAAUUUCUUGCUUAAAUAAAGGCUGUUAGGCAUCAAACUGAGUUUAGUAGGUUACUAUUCUCUGACUCAAGGAUGUUUGGACUGAGUUGAGCCAAGAGUAUGCCAAAUAAACACAAUCAGCGGAACAUUCUGCUAAAGUACUAUUUAAGUUGGAGGCUAUACCAUGAUUCCAAAUUCUUCCUUAAUGCAAACCCAAAGUAGUAUUUGUCAUAAUGAUCAUGUAGUUAAAUUUUGCUCACAUGUUAUUUCCUUAUCUUAAUAUAAUGGCCUAAAUUAGGGGUAUUUAGUGGCUCAGGAAGAUAAAUGGAGAUGUUGUCCCAGCUAGAGUGCAUACAGAGGAAAACCUUUCUUAUCCUCUCUUCAGAUUCAAAACCAAGGCAAGCACUUAUUUCCCGGUAUGCUGCUGCUCAGCAGGCUGACAUGCUCUAACCAUCUCUAUCAUGUCAUUCUUGUGCAGGUGCAGGUUCUGUGUAUUGCACAUCAAUCUUUACCAGUAAAUACACAUCACGAGGUUCCUGUCAAUUUGGCUGAAAGAAUUAUGCAGUAAAAUGCAAAGGAAAAGGAUGGCUUUAUUCAAUUUUUUUUUUCAUUUGAAACAGUACUAACUUUUAAAAUGAUUUCAUAGUCCCUUAUACAUGAGCCAGUGAGGUAUUCUGUGUUCUAAUUAAGAACAACAACAAAAAAAAAAAUCAUGAAGUCUACAUGAUAAAUCUAAACAAAAACUUGUAAGUUUCAUGCCUUAUUUUCCUUUUUUGACGCCAUAAAGUGCAUUUUCUGUCAACUGUGAGCAAACUUCCCUUUUGCCUUUAAUAAAAAUAGUGCAUUAAGUAGCCAGUUGCUGAAAAAUUAUAAAGCAAGUUAGCUAAAGGUGGGUCACAUUGGAUUACCACUCAACAAACCAAGAUAUACAAAAGAUGCAAGUUAUAUGUGGUGUGGCUUAGAGUGCACCCAUGUCUGAUGCAUGCCACUUUCAGUAGCUGCCAAAUGUGCCUUUAAUUAAGAACAUCUCUAAUUUUUUUUUUUUUCAGAUCAAGUCAGCAUUUGGGGGCGGGAUUCGGGCAGGGAACUUGGGGGCGCAAAUAUCUGGUGAAACCGCCAGAGAAUUUGUUUGUCAAAGUGACAUGUAUAAUUUUAGUUGAGAUGUAUCUGUGUAGAUAUGUGUAUUUGCCUUUGUUUAGUAGCACGGUUAUUUGCUAAAAUAAUUGUCAAAAUGCUGUCAGUCUUACUGUGACGUGAGGAUGAAGUGUGGUCUACACAGCUAACGGCCUCUGUACCUAACCAUGUUGGUAGGGAUCUUUGUACUCUAUGUGCAGCAGUAUUUGCUCUGUGUUAAAAGUGAAAAUAAUGGCUGUUAUUUUUCUGGCAUUAUUAAGAUAAAUUGAAAAAUAAUAAAGAAAAUGCCUUAUGUA